GCUUUCCCCUCCUCAUUCAACCAAGAGGUCAUCAAUUUCGCAUGCUAUUCCCUCACCUAUUAAUGAUUGCACCAAUGCUCAGCAAAUGCCCACCGUUAUGUCACCACUAAUCACCCAGCCAUUAUUUUGCAGCCACACGUCCAACUCUACAUGUUGCGAGCAGUCUAUUGUAGAACAACAUCUUAUACUCUCAUACAUGAACGACAUGGUGCAGGCAUAUCAGGAGAAUAAUGGAAAUGGCUCGAGUUCUGAUACUUUUUUAUCCAGCUAUGACGCACUUUUUAUGAAUGGAGCCGAUCAUUUGGCUAAACAGUAUUCGCCACUACAGUCUCUAGUAUCUAGAAUGGUCGCGAUUGUUCGAAACACUGGCGAUGUACAGCAAAAACUGCAGUCUGCCGAGGCAAGAUUAAGAGCUCGUGAUCGCUAUCUACAAAGUACAAUCAUGGAUACUGCACGCCAUAUCAACGAGCUUGUAAGUGUUGUAUCAGAGCUGGAAAGCGACAAAGAGGGACUAAUCAGUCAACUCGAGGGCUCGCUUGCAGAACGCCGUGAGUUGGAGAGUACUUUGAUUUCUCUUGGAUAUGACGUGCGCAACAACACAAUAAAAAAAGAACUGCAACAAAAGGUUAAAGCCUCACUUCCUUCUGUCGAGGUCUCUACACAAACCAAUGAUAAUUCAAAUGCCAAUAUGGGUUCUGCUUCCGACUCUAUACCUCGAGACUCCACAAAAUCUACUGCAAAGAACAGUUCAGAGGAAACGGGGACAUUUGAUCUUGACGAAAUUGACCAUGUUGCAUCUGAUCUUUCGGGUGUUAUUCAGCAAAAUGAAUUGCUUCAAGCAGACCUAUCACUAGUGCGUCUUCAAGUCGAACAUCUUGAAGCUGUUGGUCGCGAACGCACUGCAAUGAUUACAGACCUUUUAAAAAAAAUGGGAAGAGACGAAUCCACUACUGUAGAACGAUUGCGUGCUCGUACUGGCAGCAUCAAUAUGGGUGGAUCUCGAACUUCCAAGGAAUUUGCCUAUGAUGGUACGGGCGUUCCUGGUUCAUCCGGGUUUAUGCAUGGAAAUGAGAGUGCAAUCGCUGUUGGCUCAUCUGCUCUGUCCACGUCUCGAGCACGCCAUCGGGAUUCAUCAUGAUCUACCACUCUAGCGCCGAUUGAAACCAUUCUAUCUGAUAAGAUGGAACCAAAGAAUUUUUCUUUAUAAUAGGAUUCAAUGUCUGUCGCAUACAAUACCUCCCAUUUCUUUCGCCGAGUCCAUUGUGGAAUAUCUAAUGGUUCAAUGUUCCCCUUGUGUUGCUCCGACACUUUAAAACCAUCCUGUUUAUCCUGAAUACUCUCACUGUUUCUAUUGUAUUUUUAUUUUUGGUGGAAUAAACCUAAUUCUGUUACAAUUUCAGUUAU